CAAUCAGAGCAGAUUGAAAACCAACCUGGAAGGAAGAAAGCCCAAGACUAUCAGCACUCGUCAAUAUAGUAACCAUGAAGCUCAACAUCUCCUUUGCUGCCCUCGCAGCCUUUUUCACUGUUCCCAAUAUGGCCUUUGCACAGGAUAACAGUUGCAAUGGGAAUAAAGUUCCCAAUGUGCUUAAACUGCAAAUCCUUGGAGACCCUGUGGAAGACACAGAUGGAGGCAUCCCAGUGCUUGUUGGAGAGAUGGAACCUGUUUGCCUGGGCCGUGAUCUCUCUCUAAUUCCAAAGGUUCAGCUCCGUGGUUUGAAGCAAAACCCAAGCUCCCCAGUUAACUUUGCUGUGAUCACAGCUGAAAAGACCACUGAAACGUUUGCUGUAAAUGGAGAAGAAGCAACUGUUGAGUUUACGACAUGGUAUGGUGAUCAAAAUGGUGACAAUUCGAGGACAGUUAUGACUUCAAUGACAUCUGAUGGUAGCUUCCUAAUGUCCAUCACUGAUGGUGAAGUCUCCUAUUCAAUUGAAAGUGUGGGCACUGCAGGCUCUGAUGGGUACACUUCUUUGAAGUUUACUGCCACCAAUGUGGAGGAUCUUCCUGAUGUUUUACCAGAAAUUGACUUUGAACCACCAUUCACCCCCUCGCCAAGCUCAUCACCAAGUGAUUCUCCAAGUGACUCGCCAAGCACCUCACCCAGCACUAGUCCCAGCUCCACUCCCUCUACUUCACCCUCAAGCAGUCCAAGUGCCUCCCCUAGUGCUUCACCCAGUUCGUCUCCCAGCUCCUCCCCAAGCUCGGCCCCAAGCGCCAGCCCUAGUGUUUCUCCCAUUGACAGUCCCACUGCCUCCCCUACAUCUUGCCGAGAUCCAAAAAACAACUGUGGUAAUGGUAAUGGCAAUGGCAAUGGUGGCAAUCCUGAUGGAUUCAGAGGUCGUGAUCUUUCAAUGGUAGUCAAAGAAGCCCAAGGCAACUUGCGGGGCCCACGUGAUCUACAGACAGGUUAUUACAUUUAUAUUGGCCAUGUUAUUACCAGUCAAUUGUGGUCAGCAUUGGGAGAAAACCCCAGUAGAGUGAGCCAAAAAAUCAACAAUAGCAUCUCCCUUACAAAUCAAGCCUUCAUUAACAGUGGGCUCAAUGUUCGUGUGUACAGUGUUGGCUGGUGGGUUGACCAAUCCGGCUUCCUUGAUCUUUCAAGUCGCAAUGCUGGUGACUAUGUGUAUUAUCUCCAAACUGACGGAGACCGCUACUUUGAGUGGGUGUACGGAUUACAGGCAUCAAAGGGAGCUGAUCUGUUUGCUGUCAUGGGAAACUAUGUGCACUCAGCCUAUCCAAGCAGCUUUCAAGGGUACAAAUACUUUCAGCAUUACACCAGCACAUCGAAAACUGGCUAUUUUGAAGUCAGCUAUUCAUGGGCGGAUAAUUCUGCUUAUUACUACUAUACAUGGGCAGUUGGAAGAUUAUUGGGAGCAGGAUCUGAUGAAUUUGUUGAUUCCACUUGUGCAGGUGGCAACAACUGUGCGGCGUACAGCACUCAAGGGGGUAUUCGUAGAAGGUCUAUCACUGCAACAUAUGAAAACUGCCCGUCCUGGUGCACGGAUGUGUCACUGUGCUACGCAUCCCUGCAGUUCACAAAUUUUCCAAACACAAUCUACCAGAAUACGCCAUUCAUGUUUCAGUAUGCCCCAACCUUGGCUGCAAAAUACUAAGCUGAGUAACUCAGUCCAUGCCAUGGUUGAUUGAAUUGCUCUGGGGUGAGAUCCCCCACAUUCGAGGAGAAAGAUAACUUGAAGCUUUUCUGUUAUCAUUUGGCCAUGCUUGGCUUUGUUCACACUCGCACGACUUCAAACUCGUACCACAAAUAACCUUUUAGGAUUACAUGUAAUGCAUAAACUAAAUAGAGACGUUAAGGAGCGAGGGGGGCGAGGCUAGCUAGGCAAAGCAGUGGC